UGGCAGUUAAACUGCCAAACUGAUAACUCACGGAGUCAGAUAGGGCUUAGAUGAGCCAGUGACAGGGACGGUUAGGGCUAGUGAUACCUGAAAAUUGGGAUUCUUUACCUGGUGCUCUAUGCCAAUCAGUUCACCAAGUGGAGACCAUUUAAAAAGAGCUUUAUUUACCUCUGCAGAGUAAAAUGAGCCAGGGUAGACCCUGGGAAUCGUUUCCAGAAAGACAGGGCAGCCCCAAGAUGGAGGCUGCUUAGGAUUUUAUACAAAAGUGGAUACAAAUUCCACACAUACAGCAAUAAAACAGCCUGACAGCUAGUCAGAUGAUACAUCACCAUAUUAGUUCUUUGAAGAUUACACAAAUUCCACACAUACAGCAAUAAAACAGCCUGACAGCCAGUCAGAUGAUACAUCACCAUAUUAGUUCUUUGAAGAUUACAAGUAGGCAUUGUAUUAGGACCCUCAAUGCAAUGCUUCUACAGAGUUGGUUCUUAUCAACCUCGUUCCCAUCUCUGAUCACAGAGGCGAUACAGGAAGGCACCCACAUUUAUGAUUAUGUUACAAACUGCAAGGCUGAGACAGAAUGGCUGGGAACAAGCGAACCAAAUGGUUCCUACGUGCAGAUGAACAAAUCACGAAAUGGAGGGGAGAGACUCUUACUCUGUGUAUGUCAGAGAAGAAUCUAAAAUGGUGUCACUAAUGCCAACUAUAAUUAAGAUACUGUAUAAGGCUAAGACCACUUUCUACUUUUCAGAGGUGGAGGACCAGUCCAGUGUGAAGGCUGCGGCAUCAGUGGUGGAGUCUCAGCUGAAAGGGAAGGGCCUUAAUUUGCUCAUCAACAAUGCAGGUGUGAACUCCUUUGCCACACUGGAGACUGUGGAGCAACAAGAGAUGCUGUCAGCACUUAACACCAAUGUAGUGGGGCCCAUCCUUGUGGUCAAGGAAUUCCUGCCUCUGCUGAAGAGGGCAGCUACAGAGACAGCAACAGACAGAAUGAGCUGCAGCAAGGCAGCCAUCAUCAAUAUCUCCUCCAAGCUAGGCUCCAUUGAACUGGGCUUUGAACUUGUGAAGCUCCCAAUGUACCCUUAUCGUGUAAGCAAGGCUGCUCUGAAUAUGGUCACAGCAUGCAUGGCUGAGGAACUGAAAAAGGACGGGAUCUUGUGCUCCGUGAUCAAUCCUGGCUGGGUGAAAACGGACAUGGGAACAGAACAGGCACCGCUGACUGUGCAGUGCAGUGUCCAGGGAAUCCUCAAGGUGCUUGCUAACUUAUCAUCAUCAGGAGCGUUUCUGAACUGGGAAGGAAACAGCCUCCCCUGGUGAGGGGACUCUGCUUGGAGAUCCAACACUGGCCCUGAAGCAACAGCCACAGCAGUUCUUCACCGAUCAUGAGACUGCAUCUCAGAAGCCUAAGCAUUUCCUAAACAUUACUUAGAUUUUAAAAUGCUUCAUUUUCGAUCUUUGCCUCAUCAUUUUAGACACUGCUUGCCUGUUGUUGGUAUUUCAUAUUCUGGAAAGUGAAAGAUCUGCCAUUAUUAAAUGAAUGCUGAGGAUGUUGUGCUGCUUAAAUUCAACUUCUCUCUGCCGGGGACCUGCUGGGCUUUGUCUUGAUGAUAACAGUGAAUAAAAUCCUGCUGGAAUAAUUA